GUGUUGACCAAACGACAACACGGUUUGUCUCAUGUUAAUGACGUCAUCUUCGCGCGCCUCUCCUUGGCACUAGCAAGAAGGGGAUGUUGUGGCUAACGAGGCUCUUAACCGGUGAACGGUCACCGCGAAUUUAACGUAUCCGCCCACUGAUGUCUCAACAACCGCAACAGACGUUGCCCUCCGCCCCGGACUCCCCCGCGCUCGUGGUCACCAGCAACGUGCAGAAAUAUGCCAUCAAGAAGAAGAAAGUCCUGAGCGCCGAAGAGGCCGAGCUGUUCGAGCUCACCCAGGCUGCGGGCGUCACUGUGGACCAGGAGGUCUUCAAGAUCAUAGUGGACCUGUUAAAGAUGAACGUGGCUCCUCAGGCGGUCUUCCAGACUCUGAAGGCCAUGUGCGCGGGCCAGAGGGUCGCUGAAGGCUGCGGUGUCGGGGAGUCUUCGACCGUCUCCCACGCCGCCACCGCACCAACGGAGGUCAAAGUGCGCGGCAAAGCCGGAGCGAGCCACGGCGAGAAGACCAGAGAGGCCUCCAGCCAGCGCGUGCAGCGGCAGCCCAGCGCCACCAGGGGGCAGAAGACCAAGAGCUCCGGAAGCAGUAGUUCCUCCUCCCAGAUAAACUCCACGUAAAGGUCACCAGCACCAGACUGCCUGUACAUACGAAGCACUCCUUUUACAUUUAGCUUAUGUUUUACUUACUGAUUUGAAAGGGUUGCUUCACCCAUAUUCUUUUGUGUCAGUCCUGCUUACAGCAUAUUAAACAUAUCAACGAUCUCUCAAUGUUUACAUCGGCCCCAUUUAAAUGUGUGCCAUGGAUUCACUGUCAAUCAUCUGCAUCGUGUGUUGAGAUAUCGGCAGUUUAAAGUACCUUAAUUGCCUUUUACCUCACGUUUUAAUACAGUGCUGCAGGACUUUGCGUUUUCGGGUUCCCUCGUCUCAAAUGCUAAUGUGCUCGCUUGAACACAAGUCCUCCUUUUUGACUGUUUGCGGUUCUUUUAUAGUCUAACGUUAGCUUUUUAUUUAUUUUUUCACUUCUGCUGAUUGUGUUCACACUUUAAUAUAUCAUAAAAGGUGGUGUUUAUUUAUCUGAAGAUGAUCUCGGUAUCGUAAAUGGGUUUUUUUCUGCCACAAUCCCAAAUUAACUGGAACAAUUCACGUUGGCUUUUUGCUUGAUGCCAACUUCCUGUCUCCCACUGUGUGUGUGUGUGUGUGUGUGUGUGUGUGUGUGUGUGUGUGUGUGUGUGUUGAGAACCGAUGACUAGACGGACCCCACUGAUGUUAACUGAUGUGUUUCUGUUCAUUUGGCGAACCGAUCCUUUAACGUCUGCUCGUUCUCGUUCUGCCGGAUGUGAACCGUAAAAAAAACAAACACAUUAUCUCAUAUUUAGAUUUUCUACUGGAAAAUGUCUUGUGUUCAAUGUGCAACUUUUUUUUUUUUUUAUUUAAAUGAUGCAUCUUUAAAUAAAUCCAAUAACAACAUA